ACUAAAGCGUUUGCGGAGACUUCAAGGUAUAAUCUAUCCCAGAUCCUUUCCCAGAGAGAAACUUGGCGAUCACGUUUUCACAUGAUGCUCACGCUCAGGGCGCUUCAAUUAUCCCUCCCCACAAAGAUAGGUGGCGCGUGUUUCAGGGUCUCUCGUCUCUCUCCUACAGAAAAGAAAAAGAAAAAAAUGUCAUUAGAAGAGGCGUAACACGUCAGUCCGUCCCCAGGUUUGUGUUUCCUGGAGUGGCCGAAAGAGAUCAGUUCUAACCUGCUCUGCAGGAAUAACGGUCCUGCCUCCCGACACUCUUGGCGAGGUUUUUGUACAGUUUGCUCCGGGAGCUGUUUCUUCGCUUCCACCUUUUUCUCCCCCACACUUCGCGGCUUCUUCAUGCUUUUUCUUCUCACCAUUUCUGGCCAAAACUACAAACAAGACUUCGCAGAUCGAGCCUGCGUGCUGCCGAAGCAGGGCGCCGAGUCCAUGCGAACUGCCAUCUGAUCCGCUCUUAUCAAUGAAGCAGCCGAUCAUGGCGGAUGGCCCCCGGUGCAAGAGGCGCAAACAAGCCAAUCCCAGGAGGAAAAACGUGGUGAACUAUGACAAUGUAGUGGACACAGGUUCUGAAACAGAUGAGGAAGACAAGCUUCAUAUUGCUGAGGAUGACGGUAUUGCCAACCCUGUGGACCAGGAGACGAGUCCAGCUAGUGUGCCCAACCAUGAGUCCUCCCCACACGUGAGCCAAGCUCUGUUGCCAAGAGAGGAAGAGGAAGAUGAAAUAAGGGAGGGUGGAGUGGAACACCCCUGGCACAACGAGAUUCUACAAGCCUCUGUAGAUGGUCCAGAAGAAAUGAAGGAAGACUAUGACACUAUGGGGCCAGAAGCCACGAUCCAGACCGCAAUUAACAAUGGUACAGUGAAGAAUGCAAAUUGCACAUCAGAUUUUGAGGAAUACUUUGCCAAAAGAAAACUGGAGGAACGCGAUGGUCAUGCAGUCAGCAUCGAGGAGUACCUUCAGCGCAGUGACACAGCCAUUAUUUACCCAGAAGCCCCUGAGGAGCUGUCUCGCCUUGGCACGCCAGAGGCCAAUGGGCAAGAAGAAAAUGACCUGCCACCUGGAACUCCAGAUGCUUUUGCCCAACUGCUGACCUGCCCCUACUGCGACCGGGGCUACAAGCGCUUGACAUCACUGAAGGAGCACAUCAAGUACCGCCACGAGAAGAAUGAAGAGAACUUUUCCUGCCCUCUCUGUAGCUACACGUUUGCCUACCGCACCCAGCUCGAGCGGCAUAUGGUGACGCACAAGCCAGGGACAGAUCAGCACCAAAUGCUAACCCAAGGAGCAGGUAAUCGCAAGUUCAAAUGCACAGAGUGUGGCAAGGCCUUCAAAUAUAAACACCAUCUGAAAGAACACCUGCGAAUUCACAGUGGUGAAAAACCUUACGAGUGCCCAAACUGCAAGAAACGUUUCUCCCAUUCUGGUUCCUACAGUUCGCACAUCAGCAGCAAGAAAUGUAUUGGUUUAAUCUCUGUAAAUGGCCGAAUGAGAAACAAUAUCAAGACAGGUUCUUCCCCUAAUUCUGUUUCUUCUUCUCCUACUAAUUCAGCCAUUACCCAGUUAAGAAACAAGUUGGAGAAUGGAAAACCACUUAGUAUGUCUGAACAGACAGGCCUACUUAAAAUUAAAACAGAACCACUAGACUUCAAUGACUAUAAAGUUCUUAUGGCUACACACGGGUUUAGCGGCACUAGUCCCUUUAUAAAUGGUGGGCUUGGAGCCACCAGCCCUUUAGGAGUUCAUCCAUCUGCUCAGAGUCCAAUGCAGCACUUAGGUGUAGGGAUGGAAGCCCCUUUACUUGGGUUUCCCACCAUGAAUAGUAAUUUAAGUGAGGUACAAAAGGUUCUACAGAUUGUGGACAAUACUGUUUCCAGGCAAAAAAUGGACUGCAAGGCUGAAGAAAUUUCAAAGUUGAAAGGUUAUCACAUGAAGGAUCCAUGCUCUCAACCUGAGGAACAAGGAGUUACUUCUCCUAAUAUUCCGCCUGUCGGUCUUCCGGUAGUGAGUCAUAAUGGUGCCACUAAAAGUAUUAUUGACUAUACAUUGGAAAAAGUCAAUGAAGCCAAAGCUUGCCUCCAGAGCUUGACUACUGACUCAAGGAGACAGAUCAGUAAUAUAAAGAAAGAGAAGCUACGUACUUUAAUAGAUUUGGUCACCGAUGACAAAAUGAUUGAGAACCACAACAUAUCCACUCCAUUUUCAUGCCAGUUCUGUAAAGAAAGUUUUCCUGGCCCCAUCCCUUUGCAUCAGCAUGAACGUUACCUUUGUAAGAUGAAUGAAGAGAUCAAGGCGGUCCUGCAGCCUCAUGAAAACAUAGUCCCCAACAAAGCCGGAGUUUUUGUUGAUAAUAAAGCCCUCCUCUUGUCAUCUGUACUUUCUGAGAAAGGAAUGACAAGCCCCAUCAACCCAUACAAGGACCACAUGUCUGUACUCAAAGCAUACUAUGCUAUG